GCUCGCCUCCAUCCUCGAACAAACAACCAUAUACCCGGUGUCAUCGCUGCUCUCGUGACCCCUUCUCUCACCACCCGAAUCCGACGAGCUCCUUAAUAGCUCACUGCUGCCGUACCGAAUUCUACAGACCGGGCGUGGAGACGCUCACAGCAGGCGUCGGCGCUCCUGUCUCACCCCGCCUUCGUGAUACCCUCUUUCACCAUGUCGGCCGAUCCGCGGCUUAGGUCAAGGGCCCAGCAACAGCAGCCCACGCCCGCUCCCCCACCACCUCCACCGCCCCCCAUGGAGCCGCAACCGAUGGGCAUGGACGGCACAAGCGACCACUCCGGCCCUCCGACGGAAGUCGUCCCGAGCGACCAUUUCAAGCUGAAGUUCUGCACUGUGUGUGCGAGCAACCAGAAUCGGUCCAUGGAGGCACAUCUGCAGCUCGCCUCAGCGAACCUCCCCACCGUCUCCUUUGGUACCGGCUCCCUAGUCCGUCUACCGGGACCCAGCGUCGACCGCCCGAACGUCUAUCACUUCAACAGCACCACCUACCGCGCCAUUCACGAGGAGCUGGCCCAGCAGAAUACCCAGCUGUACACGGCGAACGGCCUGCUCAACAUGCUCGGUCGCAACCUCCAGAUCAAGUCAUAUCCGGAGAGGUUUCAAGAUUGGAUACCAGGCAAGCCGAGGCUCGAUCAUGCCGAGGACAAGGGUGCACCGGGAACUGAGUCCGGCGUUGUUGACGUUAUCAUUACGUGCGAGGAGCGGUGCUUCGACGCCGUCCUGGACGACCUCCACAACAAGGGAGGGAGAUUGAACCGGCCUGUCCAUGUCUUCAACGUGGAUAUCCGCGACAACCACGAAGAGGCGCUCGUUGGCGGUAAAGCCAUCCUCGAUCUGGCCCUCAGCUUGAACGAAGCCGCCGGCAAAGAGAGGGAAAUCCAUGGCGACAAUGGCUGGGGCCGAGGCGGCGGCUCAGCCCGACAAGGCUUCGACGAGCGCGUGCCGGAGAUUCUGGCGGCCUGGCAGGAGAGGUGGCCGAAUCUCCCUGCCCUGUGGAGUUUGGCGUGGUUCUAACGAACUGUUUCGUGUCACGGCAUGGCGUAGGUUUGACUGAUUUUCUUCACAGUCAUAGGUCACUUUGAUACCCAGAAUUAGCAAGGCGCAACAGGAAUCAUCACUUCGGGACCGCUACGAGUCCAGUCUUGGAAUAUCAUGUUCUACUCUACAAGCGGCGGCCAAGCCAUCACUUCCAGUGUCCCGGUCGGCUUACAAACCGCUUCUGCAAUAUCAAC